AUGUCUUUUUCCCUUCUCUCUCUCACCGUUGUUUUUUUUCGUUCUAUCUUUUUUCUUUGUUUUCUUUAUUUAAAUAUUUAUUUUUUAUUUCUGUUGCUUUUUUCUGAUUUCAUUCAUUCACCAAUCGCUCAUUUUUUUUCAUUUUUUUCUAUUGUUUUAUUUCUUUAUUUUGUAUUUCUUUUUUUACGUUCCUUUUUUCCUUUAACUACUUUCUUCUUUUUGUUGUUUUUUCUAUUUGAAUUAUCAUUUUUAUUUUUAUUUGCUUUUCUUCGUUUCUUUGUUUCUUUUGUGAGUUUUUUUGGCUUUCUCCUUUUCCUUCUUCUCUCCCGUCUCCCGUUUUCUCUUUCUUUCUUUCUUUCUUUCUUUCUUUCUUUCUUUUUUUCCUUGUUUCAUAAAGAUAUGCGUUCUUGCUCAUUAAUCUUUUCUAUCUAUUUUAUCUUCUAUCUUAGUGUAUUGAGUUCAUUUUUUUUCAGUUUUUAUAUAUUUAUCUAUUUAUCUUUCAUGUCGAUGUUUUUUUUUUCUUUUAUUUAUCUAUGUCUCUCUUCACGGAAUGGUUUAAACAUUAUUAUUUAUUCCUAUCUAUCUAUCUAUCUAUCUAUCUAUCUAUCUAUCUAUCUAUCUAUCUAUUCUAGUUUGUUCAAAUCUGUCUGUCUCAAUCUAUCUAUCUAUCUAUCUAUCUAUCUAUCUAUCUAUCUAUCUCAAUCUGAUCAUUAUCUAUCUAUCUAUCUAUCUAUCUAUCUAUCUAUCUAUCUAUCUAUCUAUCUAUCUCAAUCUGAUCAUUAUCUAUCUAUCUAUCUAUCUAUCUAUCUAUCUAUCUAUCUAUCUAUCUAUCUCAAUCUGAUCAUUAUCUAUCUAUCUAUCUAUCUAUCUAUCUAUCUAUCUAUCUAUCUAUCUAUCUAUCUAUCUAUCCUAGGAUCUAACCCUAUUCAAUCAUCCUUUCACUAUCUAUCUAUCUAUCUAUCUAUCUAUCUAUCUAUCUAUCUAUCUAUCUAUCUAUCUAUCUCAGUCCUUUCACUAUCUAUCUAUCUAUCUAUCUAUCUAUCUAUCUAUCUCUCUCUCUCUCUCUCUCUCUCUCUAUAUAUAUAUAUAUAUAUAUAUAUAUAUAUAUAUAUAUAUAUAUAUUGA